AUGGCCUUCACAAAGACAUCACAGAAAUUUGGGCAGUGGUCGGAUCCCAGGGCAAAUACUGUGUAUGGGCUAGGAUUUAGCACAGAGGCUGACCUAGCAAAGUUUAUAGAAAAAUUUAAAGAAGUUAAAGAAUUAACGAGGCAGCAGUUAGCACAGAACCAAUCUCCCACGACCGUAAAUGGAACAUCUGACGAGAGUCAUUCAUCAUCAUCAACGACCACACCCAGAGAAACUCCGCCCAAUAGAGGAUUCUUCCACACAAGAAGCUCUAGCCUUACGUCCAUGAGAGAACCACAGCAACAAACUGAACAAAAAGAAAAUAUAAAUUUAAAAGAAAGACGUAAUUCCUUCAACAAUCCAGGCUCAAACGGCAGCACAUCUCCAGAAAGCCAAAUCAAGUAUGAGAAUGACCGGCUGAAACUGGCUUUAGCUCAAAGCCACAAAUGGCAAAGAAUGGGAGAUAGAGUUACAAACAUUAAAGAACAACAAUGCUCGACUCACGGCAGCUUUACAGGAAUCCACAGCGAAUGUGGAGGAAUGGAAGAAACAGCUUGGUGGAUACAAGGAAGAAACGUCAAGAUGAAAAAGGCACUGGAAGAAGAGAAUCGAAGUUUACACCAAAAAGUGCACGAUAUGCAGCAGUUGUUACAAGACUAUCGCACGAGUCAGGAGAACGAGCGAGACGAAGUUACUCAGUUACAAGAUCAGUUAGGCAGCAAAAUUACUGAACUUUACGAGUUUCAUGAACAGAUUUUAGCAACAUUAAAAAAGGAAUCCAGUAGCUAG